CACAACCAAUCUCUUAGCACUCGGGUUUUCUAUCACAUACAAACACCAAGCUGGAAUGCAAGAGCCCCAUAUUGGCACAAGCGGCAGUUCAUUUGCGCAUUUGCUGACCAUGGACGCUUACUUUCACGACGCGCAUAAUUUCCCCGGCCAGUACAGCAGCAUGAAGCAAGAGCCCAUGUGGGACUUGCUCCAGAACGACAACAACAGCAACAUGCACGCUGUCUAUAUGCAGAAGGACGCCUUUGCGUUCGACAGCUUGUCCUACGAAGUGCAGACGAACGCCAUCGACUUUGUCGACUCGAUGCUCUGCUUUGACCCGAUCCCGUACCACCAGCCCGCGCCCGAGAUCAUCUACCACAACCAGUUUGUCGAUCUUGACGCUGCCACGAACACGACCUCGUACGGCUUUUACGAUAACAACAACAACUUUGCCAACGUCAAGUCGGAAGCCAUCGAGAUGGCGCUCGUCUUGCCGGGCUACGCGACGCCGCCGCCGGCCACGACCGCGCCCAAGACGACGACACCGACGUCGACAACGAGCAACGUGCCCGCCGCACACAACGAAGUACCCGGCAAGUGCCUCCGCGAAGACUGCAAUGCGUCGAUCACGUACCGCGGCUUUUGCAAGACGCACGGCGGCGUUCGCCGCUGCCGCGUCAUUGGCUGCACCAAGGGCAGCCAAGGCAAGAACCUCUGUAUCGCCCACGGCGGUGGCAAGCGCUGCAACAUCCCGACGUGCAACAAGUCGGCGCAGUCGCACGGACUCUGCAAGGCACAUGGCGGUGGCGCGCGCUGCACCUUCGACGGCUGCGGCAAGAGCUCGCAAGGCAACGGCCUCUGCCGAAAGCACGGGGGCGGUCGCCGCUGCACAUACGAAAACUGCAACAACGGUGCGCAGCGCGGCCUCUUUUGCGCCAAGCACGGCGGGUCGCGCCACUGCAAGACCGACGACUGCCAGCGCACGGACCGUGGUGGCGGCUACUGCGGGAUCCACCGCAAGGACAUUGUGUGCUUGGUGCGCGGCUGUAACCGCAUGGGUCUUCAAGACGAAGUCGGCGGCGGCCUCUGCCACGUGCACUGCAACCACCUCCGGUCGAUGGCCGACCAAACCGAAGAGCUCGCGCCGCAAUGGUCUCAAAUCUAAAUUAUUAUCCUGCAUGUGUCGUAAUGUACAAUCAAUCCCUAUCUAUCCA